UCAGUGGGUAUGAACACAGCGUCAUACUGAACUCUGUCGAGUCUCAUCAAUCACGACAUUUAGCUGCUUCUGUGAGUCCUGCAGGAAAGUCCUCCGUCUGCAGUCACCAAAUGCCACAGAGGAUUAAGGUGGGAUGUGGGGAAAUUCCCCCCCCCCCCUCUGACAGUGAGAUGGAGGUUGUUAAGAUAAACUCAAUCCACGGCCAUCAAGCGAUUGAAAUAAUUUAAAGAAAGCGGAUAUAUCGCACCUCGCAGUGACUCGUGAGGCGGCGGGCGGAGCAGAGAUAGCGAUACCCGGCUGGAGAGCAUUGUGGCUGAAGAAAAGAGGCUUUGUUCACACGGGCACAGAAUCACAUGAUCUAUGCCUGGAUGCUUAUCGUUAAGUCAAGACAGUUUUGAACUGUGACAUCACUUAAAAACCUUUCACACAUAUCGAGAGUUUUUAAUAUAUCGAGUUGAUGAUAACUGGCAACUUAAGCACAAUGUUGUGUGCUACAUACGUUAACAGGAAGUAUUUAGAAAGAACUGUUUCAGGUGGAUCUGUUCAGGACGUUUGUGUGAAAGCAUUGAGUUUGAUUUCCCCCUUCCACUCAAAGGACUUUCCUAAGAGAGGCAGUAUGUUUAUAUUUGAAUGAGGAUGAUGUCCUUCAGGUGCUUUAAUAUCAUAAAAUGUUAUUUCACACACUGAUUAGAUUUAAUUUCUUUCUUCUACAAUUUGAAUGUUCCUGUUUCCACUUUUUUAACCACCGAGAGUUACAGGAGAUACAUUUCUACUCCCUCCUUGCAUGAAACCAUAUAUAUAUAUAUAUAUAUAUAUUCUGUACCUCUUCUAAUUCAGCGUGCCACACGUCCGCUGACUUUCCCAUGGCAUGAAUAGGUCUUGUUACUGGUCGCUGGGCAUCUAUGCUGGCACUAGUGGGAGGGGGGGGUGAAGCUGUCCUGCAUCAAUGAGCCUGUUGAUCAGGAAAGACCACUAGACUGGUAAUGACACCCUUCGCUGAUCAGACCAGGAGAGCAUAAAACUCGGCUUCCACCUCCGUUCCCACUUAAGCGGGACGUCUACCUCGGACACGGACACCUGUCAGGAGUCCACCACGAUGAUCUGGGCUGCUGCUCUCCUCGUGAUUUUUGUCUCAUACGGUGAUUCAGAGGACUACUGUUACGAUGAGCCACACUGUGAUCCUUAUGCAUGGGGAGACAUGUUCCCGUCUUGUCAUCCUUUACUUGAAGAGCAUCACUCUCCCAUCAAUCUGGACCACCACAUGACCAGGAACGAGUCUCUGGGAUCUCUACAUCUGGAGGGCUUCGAUGUGAUCCAAACGGGUCACUGGACCAUCAAGAACGACGGGCACACUGUCGUGCUGCAGGUUGGCAAUGGCAUGUCGGUGAGCGGUGGAGGUCUUCCAGAUGUGUACCACACCAUCCAGCUGCACUUCCACUGGGGAGGCCCGGCCACUAACGGUUCAGAGCACACCGUGGACAGACGCAGAUACCCGAUGGAGAUGCACGUCGUCAACAUGAAGUCCAACCAUCCGAACGUGACAGCGGCCUUGCACGAUCCAACAGGACUUGCUGUUCUUGGAUUCUUUAUUGAUGUUGUUUACGCAGACAAUGUGCACUUUGGACUCAUCUCACAGAAGCUGUCCUCUGUCGCUUACAAAGGCCAAACUACGAAAAUCAAGCCAUUCCCGCUGAUGAACCUUCUGCCAAAGCACAACAUGAGUCAGUAUUACCGUUAUUACGGCAGUCUCACCACCCCUCCGUGUUCUCAAGCGGUUGUGUGGACUCUGUACGAAGUUCCCAUCUACAUCUCGUGGUCCCAACUGGCUCAGUUUUCCUCACAGAUCUUCUCCACGGAGGAGGAUGCAGAGCAGGUGACACCUCUGCAGAACAACUUCAGACACAUCCACCCCACCUUCAGUCGCAUCGUCUCCGUGUCCAAAGACGGGAGAAUGCUCACGGGGACGUCCAGCCGUCCCCUCGGGUCAGAUGUGUCACUUCAUCUGCUUCAAAUCAUUUUGCUGGGAAGCUUCGUCUCUGGACUUUAAUGACUUUAAAGUCAAAAACCAUGAAAUGCAGCACGGCCAUACAAAGAUGGAUUCAUGUGUUCGCCACUCACUCCAAAAUGACAUUUAGAUGAUGAACCAGCAAAGAAUAAAUAUAAAAAAUACAAACUGUGAAUGGAGUACUGUAAAAUGUUGCUAAAUGUUAUGUUAUUGUGCUCUGCAGGAUUAACUUGAUUUGUGCAUUAAAAGAUGUGAUAGAAUAUGUGUCUUUACUAACAGUUUGACAUGAUGUGAGUUGAGCAUUGAAAUGUGUUUUAUGGUGACAGCUAUGUGUGCAUUUAUGACUGUCGGCCUUUUUCACUCGGCUUGUUCUUGAGAAAAAGGUACGAGCUUAACAUACAUAUGCUCUUCUCAUUUAAGUGUGGGUCACAAAUAUUACAAUGUAAGUGGUAAAAGGGAAAAAAGGUAUUGUGGGUAUUUGAUCAUUAUGUCAAUAAAAUACAAAAAUGUCAACCUCAUAGGGGCUGAAAAGAAAGAUAAAGAAAAAUUAUUGUGAACCAUAAAGAUGUAUGAAGUAUUUUCAUAACACAAAUCUCAAUGUUUCAGUCAAAAGUUACUAAUAUAUGCUAAUAUAUGUUAUGUUGGCACAGUUCAUGCCUUCACAUUGAUUAUAAACUUUGUAUAAGAACAAUAAAGGUGCAGUGAAGCAAAAGGUGUUCAGUGAGGAGUAAAAGGCUUUUUUUCAUGUUAAUAGGUAAGAAACUGCAAAAAUGAAUUGUUUUUAUCUCUUUUAUACUUUUGGGGAUUUAUAAAUCCAUUAAACCCGGAGCUCAAGAUUUCCAAAUGUAUUUCCUUUAACGUUUAAACUAUACAAGCUCUACUAUAAUACAUACUGUUGCCACUUAGAGAGUUUAUUCAGAUUUUUUAAAGUUAUUCCCAUUUCCAAUUAUAUACUAU